CCAAGCCCUAUUUGACCUGUCAUUGCUCCCACUAUGUCUUCUCUUCUCACUUCUCGCCUUUUAUAUAUAAUACCUUGCCGUUAAUGUCACCAAAUUUAUAUAAAGACCUACCAACGCUAUAUAACAACCACAGAACCAUAGCAAAUUAGCUAUCACAUAUUCCAAAAACAAGUUCUUGAAAAAAGUUUUCAACUGUAACCCAUCACCCAAAAUGGCAAAAGAUCUUGGACUUGAAAUCGUCACUGAGCUAAGGUUGGGGCUACCAGGCGGUGAAGUUCUUAACAUUAAUAAAAAUGAGAAGAAAAGGGUUUUCUCUGAGGUAUCCCGCGAAGCUAAUAGCACCACCAAUGACCUGAAUAUCCCAACGAAAAGUCUAGUUGUGGGGUGGCCACCGCUUUGCUCUUAUCGGAAAAAGAAUAGUUUCAAUGAGAAAGAAGGGCUUGAAACUUCGAAAAUGUACGUCAAAGUUAGCAUGGAUGGAGCUCCUUUUCUUCGCAAGAUUGAUUUGGGCAUGCACAAGGCGUAUUCAGAUCUCGUCGUUGCAUUGGAGAAGUUAUUCGGCUGUUAUGGCAUUGGGGAAGCGUUGAAGGAUGCAGACAGCAGCGACUACGUUCCCAUAUAUGAAGACAAGGAUGGAGACUGGAUGCUAGUAGGAGACGUUCCCUGGGAGAUGUUUAUUGAAUCGUGCAAGAGACUAAGAAUCAUGAAGAGAUCAGAGGCCAAAGGAUUUGGUCUGCAGCAGAAAGGUGGUGGUCUUAUUAAGGGAAUGAUAUCAAACGAUGAUCGUAAUUGAGAAAUUUUAAAACCAGCAGCAAUGAACAAGUGGAGAAUUUGACUGAAUUUCCCAGUUUGUAGACAAUUAAUUUCUGUUUAAUUAUUAUAAUUAUAGUGUUGCCUAUUUAUUUUAUUUAGCUGAUGAUUCUUCAUCAAGCUGUGACUUUAAGACCACUUUUGAUGUUUCAAUUGGCAUAGAGACCAAUUUUUCUCGCUAUUUUAUGUGUUAAAAUUAAUGUGACAAUUUAUUCCUAA